CUCGGCGGCGGGGCCCGCGGGUUUUAGGUGUUUUGGAUGUCUUAAGAGCAGUUGGACGGAAUGGACAUAAGUGUCUUCCAGUGGGUGGCUGUAGUGGUUUUAUUCCUCUUCAGACUCACAGUGGAGAGAUUUCUAGCUUCAUCAUAACUUGGAUUUGUAACUCUGUGGAAACAGUAAUAUGGCUCGUACUGUGGAAAAAAUAUUGAAGAUAGGCUGUUUUCCUGUACAACAAGCCUUUUACAGCAUUUUGUUUUGAAGACUACCGAAUGUUGGAAGUUUUAUUGAUGUUCCUUGCAACAUGUGUUGCUUCAUCAUACUGAAAGGUGUGUAGAGGUUGCACUGCAUGUACUCUAACAGACUGCUAUGCAUUUUUGAGGACAAGCUGAAGUUGCUGUAAAAAAAGGAGCAGCAGCUGCCAGGACAAACAAUAAUUCAUUUCCUUCUAUCACACCUAAGGAAGAUAAAACCACUUUAUCAAGAGGCCAUUUUUUCCUUGUCAUUUCACAGCAAGUCAUGUAAGAAUUGGGUUAAAUGGUUUCAAUACAGUUUGCACAUCACUCAUCUGAGGGUGACAGCAGGGUUCUUUUUUCUUCCAGGGACUGUUGUGGCAAAAGUAGCACCGUUUCUGGAUUGUAUAUUAUCUUCUGCUUGUUUUUUUUCUGAUGCUUUAGCUGUAGCAAUGAGAACUCACACUAUGGAAAACAGAUUUUCUGUUCUGUUGGACUGGCAUGCUGAUUUACCUUCUGUCUGUCCUUCUGUCUGUCCAUGUUGGAUGGGAAGGGGGGAAUGUGGUAGAGGACAGGAACUUCACAGCUGUGAUUUCUGUAUUGACUUGAGACAAUUGUGAAAAUACAUGGAAUUGAACACAUUGAAACUGAAGUAGAAAUUGAAGAGAUUUUUUGAAAUGUGUGAUGAGUAAGACUUGCUUAUUUGUCCUUCGUAGGAUAAAUGUAAGUAUUCUCAAUCCUAUGAUGAUUGAACUUGCUAUUAAGAUGAAACCAUACUCUAUUCUGUUCUAUUUAAAGAAGCUUCUAGCUAAUACAAAGUGCCCUGCUUCAGUUGCAUCUCCUAAAAAGAUGCAACCAAGAUACAGCAUCAGAACCUUGUUUAUAAGUGGGUAAGGGCAAAAUGUCCGAGCGAUAAAGCCUCGUGUGUUGGACAUGAGUUUAUCUGCUGUAUGAAAGAAGGGAAGUGAGACCCCGUACAUCCUCAUUGUGUACUCCCUUCUGUAAUAGGGAAGUAGAAACAUGUGGAAGGCUGGUCUUAAUUUUAUUUCAGAUCAGUGUCUGCUCACAAAACAUGGUGUUGCUUUUGUUCAAGUAAACCAUUAGCAUAAGGAAUAUCCAUGCAGAUGUUCUCCUUAAGCCUGUAUUUUUCAGUAACAAAUCCUGUGAUUGUCAUGCAUCACUGAAGUAACUUUUUCCCAGUGGUUCCCAUGUCUGAACUUUUUGCAGGUAUGCUGCUAGUACUACUGUGAUCCUUGUGCCAAAGGUCUGAUGUUUUCCUUCCCGUUUAGGAACUAAACAAAUGUCUGAGGAUAGCUAUUGCAGGACUCUGGAUUUGCCAGUGGGAGUUCAUAACAAAGAAAUUAAAGGGAGACCAUAACUCACCUGUGAGUGAAUGAGUGGUGUUAAACGUACAGCUCAGCAUUAUCCUGGAUUGUUAGCUGAUGAGCAGCCAGGUUCUGUCUUCAAUUUGCUGACUCAAACCACAGAUUCCAAGGAAAGGAGGGAGAAGUGAAAUAAAAUACUGAAGUGCCAGAGGAAAAUGUCAGACUAGCCAAUGACAAUUACUGUUACUAAACAGUAGACUGUUCUCACAGUGGGAAAAUGAGAUGCUGUUGAUUUCAAAGUUUAUAAAAAUGACUUUUGCAGACUUUCGUCGCUGAAUUUCAAGUAGGCUAAAAACUCUUUAAGCCUUUCUGUUAGGAAAGGGGAAUAUGAUUUGUCACUGGUGUCUUCCUUCUCCCCCCCCCCUUUGCAUUUUUUUUGUCUGGGGUAGGAAAUCCUAAACAAAUUGUAUGGAGUCAGCCAAACAUACAGUUGAUGGUCAUGGCUGAUGCAGGAACUUCAGAUUUCUCUCUCCAAUGACACCCGAUUAAGGAAGAGGUUGAAAAUUGCUUAUCUGCUACUUUGUCAGAGCUUACAGUAACAGUUAAGGUCAUGCUUUCUUUCAUUUCCUGAGAUUUGAAUUCUGAGGUGAUGUUCCCAAAAAGGCAUGAGCAGAUAACUUAUGUUUUUUGUUUGGAAACGGAAAUAAUACGAGAAUGCCCAGAAGAGGCUUAGUAAUUCAAGCCAGGACUCGCUGGCUGUUAGUGGGCCUUGCCUUUCUAUUCAGUUUAGUUUUGCUCAUGUAUUUGCUCGAGUGUACCCCACAAACAGAUAAUAAUGGAUCUCUACCUGGCAUUAUAGGUGAGAACAUGGGUAAAGAGUACUAUCAAGCUCUCUUGCAGGAACAAGAAGAGCAUUACCAAAACCGAGCUACCAGUCUGAAACGUCAGAUUGCCCAGUUAAAGCAAGAGCUUCAGGAGAUGAGUGAUAAAUUGAAAACCCUGCAGGAAAAAAAGAGCCCCAAGGUCAAUGGUAUGAACUACCAGGGCACCAAAGAACAAGCAUCGAAUGAUCUCCUAGAGUUCCUCCAUUCCCAGAUUGACAAAGCUGAGGUGAGCAUGGGGGCCAAACUGCCUAGUGAAUACGGCGUCGUUCCUUUCGAAAGCUUUACGUCCAUGAAAGUAUUCCAGUUGGAGAUGGGUCUCACUCGGCAUCCAGAAGAGAAACCCGUUAGAAAGGAUAAACGAGAUGAAUUGGUGGAAGUCAUUGAGGCUGGCCUAGAAGUUAUCAAUAAUCCAGAUGAAGAAGAUGGUCAAGAUGAUGAUGAUGGAGUAGGAGAGAGGCAGCUGUAUAGCGAAAAUGAUUUUGUAGAAGGUUACUAUCGUACAGAAAGAGAUAAGGGGACGCAGUAUGAGCUGUUUUAUAAGAAGAUGGAUGGCAUGGAAUACAGACAUGUCACGUUGUUCCGACCUUUUGGACCCCUCAUGAAAGUGAAGAGUGAAACGGUUGAUAUUUCUAGAUCAAUCAUAAACAUUAUUGUACCUCUUGCUGGAAGAACUGAGGCAUUUGCACAAUUUAUGCAAAACUUUAGGGAUGUGUGUAUUCAUCAGGAUAAGCGUAUCCACCUCACAGUGGUAUAUUUUGGACAAGAUGGCUUAUCAGAAGUGAAAAACAUCCUGGAGUCUGUAGCUAGAGAAACUAACUUCCACAAUUACACACUCGUCUCUUUAAAUGAGGAAUUUAACCGUGGCCGGGGACUUGACAUGGGUGCCAGAGCCUGGGAAAAGGGCGAGGUCCUGAUGUUCUUCUGUGAUGUUGAUGUUUAUUUCACAGCUGAGUUCCUCAACAGUUGUCGCUUAAAUGCUGAGCCUGGGAAAAAGGUUUUUUAUCCUGUGGUAUUCAGCCUCUAUAAUCCUGCCAUUGUCUAUGCCAACCAAGAUAUACCACCCCCUGUAGAACAACAGUUGGUACACAAAAAGGAUUCUGGUUUCUGGAGGGAUUUUGGCUUUGGGAUGACUUGUCAAUACCGGACAGACUUCCUGACUGUUGGGGGUUUUGACUUGGAAGUGAAAGGCUGGGGUGGUGAGGACGUUCACCUUUACAGAAAGUACUUGCAUGGUGACCUUAUUGUGAUCAGGACACCAGUCCCUGGUCUGUUUCACCUCUGGCACGAGAAACAUUGUGCAGAUGAACUCACUCCAGAGCAGUAUCGCAUGUGUAUCCAGUCCAAAGCCAUGAAUGAAGCCUCUCACUCGCACCUUGGGAUGCUGGUCUUCAGGGAGGAGAUUGAGACUCACCUCCGUAAACAGGCUUACAGGACUAACAGCGAAGCCGUGGGUUAAAUGGAGCCCUGUGACAGGGUGAAACUGAUGACUUCAUGUUCACAAUGAACCAGCAUCAUUUUACAGCCUUAAUUCAGCUCAAAAAUGCAGUGCCUCUUUUUCAGUGAGGAAGAGUUUAGGGUGUUUUGGUUCUGGUAUUUGUUUUCUGAGUAACUCUUUGACUGAUAUGCUAUUACCUACAUAUCUUGCAAGUUGAAGCACCUCAAAUAAGAAAUUGGAAAGUAUAUGUAGUUCAAGGAAAGUGUCUUCAGUGUCGAUUGGAGAGAUCAGUGGAACGUACAACUCAACUCUUCUCCACAUGGUACAUUUUGAUUCUUAAAUUUAUAUUAUUUUAAGAAUUAAAUUAAAUCUUGUGCUGAGUA